AUUCCGUGUUGUUGUAGCCAUUCGGUUGUCGGUGUUUAAAAGUGUAACAUAAAGAAAAGAAAUUUAUUUCGGGCAACAUGUUGUUGUUAACGUUGUUGUUGGGUCUGUUGUUUUAUGCUAUUUACAAACGACAACAACAGAUGACAACAUUUAAAAGGCUACGCAUUCCCGGCCCGAGACCGAAUUUUAUUCUUGGCAAUUCAAUUGAUAUUGCGCGCGAAGGAACGAACGCUGUGUUUCCGAAGUGGACAAAGAAAUACGGACCCAUUGUCGGUUUCUACCUUGGCGGGCAUCCUCUAAUAUUGACAACCGACUUUGAAUUGAUGCGCCGUGUGUUGGUUAAAGAUUUUCAUAAAUUCAGCAAUAAAAGUGAAUUGGUGCCGGGCGGAAUUCAUCCCGUUCCACAAUUGCGGAAAAUGUUAGUUUGGACUCAGGAUAAUGCGUGGAGACGUUUACGUGCUUCGAUGUCGCCGUCAUUUUCGGCCUAUAAACUGAGUGCCAUGGAGCCAUUGAUGAUGACUUCAAUUGAUAAAAUGAUCAGCGAACUUGAAGAUAAGGCGAAAAGUGGCGAUGAGUUUAACGUAAAGCCUUAUAUUGCGGAGUUGACGUUUUCCAGUGCGGUCAAGUGUAUAUUUGGACUUGAUUUUUCACUGCGGCAAAUGACCAAGGAAUCGAAAAAUUUCUUAGAAGCGACCCUUCCGCGCUUAGAGAAAUCAAUAUUGGCAAUAUUAAUGAUGUUGUUCCCAUCGCUGAUUCGUAUAGCUUAUCCGCUAAGGGUCUAUUGGGAACGAAUUCGAUUUUAUAUGCUAUGGUCUCCAGAAGGGAGCGCCUAUGACAUGACCAAAAAUAUUCUCCAAAUUCGAAAAGAUUUGCAAACCCAGUCCGUUGAUUUUUUGCAAUUAUUGAUGAACACGAAGAAAGUUCAGACGAUCACUGAUAACGAUUUGGAGAUGUCGUCAGAGGAUGUUGCGCAGAAUAACAAUUCGUUGAGCAAAGACGCUAGUGAAAAUAUUUCAGAGGACGAGAUUGUGUCAAAUGCACUGCUUUUCCUGCUUGCUUCUUUCGAAACAACGUCGGUUACUCUUCAGUUCUGUUUGCAUAAUUUGAUCAAUCAUCAAAAUGUCCAAGACGAACUGAGGAGUGAACUUCGAAAAGCUGUAGAGAGGAUCGGUAAACCCAUUACUUCCUCAACUUUGUCUGAGGUUCCAUUGCUCAAUCGUAUCGUCAAAGAAACGCUGAGGAUGUUUCCACCCGCAUCACCAUUCAUGACACGAGUGGCCAAUGAGGAUUACGAAUACAAGGAUAUUGUAAUACCGAAAGGAACUACUGUAUUUAUAGGAGUUUCUUCAAUCCACAAUGAUCCACAAUUUUGGCCGGAGCCCGAAGAAUUUCGACCGCAGAGAUUUGAAAGUGAUUACGAUAAAUUAUCCUUUUUAACAUUCGGCCAUGGUCCGAGAAACUGUAUUGGCAUGAGAUUCGCUUAUAUGGAAGCUCAAUUGGCUCUUGCAAAACUCAUCCUGGAGUAUCGGUUUGAACCGGGACCGUCAACAGAAAAGAAGCUUGUGACGGUGGAAACGUUUGCAACAUUGAUACCAAAGAAUGGGGUUUUUUGUAAAGUUACUCGACUCGAAAAAUAAAUCGAAAGAA